GCGACGAAGAGGAUCACUUUCCAGAUGAGGAUCUGGAGAUGGAGAGGAGCGAUCUUGACGGCCCGGGACGUGUCAAGGCGUUGUCUCGUCCAUUAUCGCCCAUACUCUUGUCCUCCGACAUGCAGCCGGGCUAUCUCAGCGUGACUGGCGGCCAUCUCAUCGGCAAAGAGUUGUCCACCGGAUCACCGAGUCCUCGGUUCUCGCGAAGAUCCCAAACC